UCGUGUACGAGACAAAGGAGUGGUCAAUUUUGCUCAGCUUUCAUUUGUUUAAUGUUGAAGGGAUCCUUGCUUGUCACUUGAAAGCUAUUCCCAGUUGCAAAUAUACAUAUUUUUGUUUCUUUUUCCAUAUUUCUGAUCUGAAGGAAGAGGGCAGGAGCUCAGAAAAGAAACCAACUUUUAUUGCUCAGUUCCUGUUUUUGACAGGUAUCCUGUUAGGGCUGCAGCAGAACAGAGGACUUCAACCUGCAGAAUACAUCUUCUCUAGCACAAUGGAUCAAAAGACUGCUAGAAAUGGCCUUGAGUUGGAUAGAUCAGCCUCUGAUAAGCAUCUUGAACUUUUGAGAUCAUCUGCUCGAUAUAUUUCAGUAAUUAAAGGACAUGUAAUAGAUGCUGUGGGCCGGGAAAAGGGCAGGUACACCCUGAUGAAAGAUCCAGAAGACUCCCAACUUGGGUUUUACGACAAGCCGCUUCCAUGCUUCGGCUGUGGGAUAGGAUGGUUUUCAUUUCUUUUAGGAUUUGCAUUCCCUCUGCUUUGGUACUAUGCGACAAUGCUCUAUUUUGGAAAUCACUACCGCAGGGAUCCGAGGGAACGAGCAGGACUAGCAGCCUCAGCAAUUGCUGCACUAGUUUUCACUGUGGUGUUGGUCAUAGCAGCUUAUUUUUUCUUUUAGCCGCUGCCACUCUAUUAUUGAGAUUUCGUGGACAUGUAGAUAACACGGCAGAAGAGAUGAGAAAAACAUAUAGUCCCAAGGCGGUUCCCCAAAAAUUUGAGAUUAGAUGAUACAAUCCAAACUUCCCUCUUAUAGAUAUUCUGCAUUUGUAUGGACAGAUACAAGAAAAAUUGUUUUCAUGUAAACUGUACACAAGAUUUCAUAAAUGUGUAUGAUAGAUUAUUUAAAGCUCA